UUAUUCUCCGAACAGACUCUCUCUCAGAACGAGCUCUGCCUCUCUGCGGAAUAUCUUCUUCAUCAUGACUCUCGAGGAGGUUCUGGUCCAGAAGCCCAGCGAGCGCGCUCAGUGCGCCGGGCAGGCCCUGGAGGAGGUCGUGGCGGCGGCCAAAGACAACGACUCCCUCACCGUGGGCGUGUACGAGUGCGCCAAAGUUAUGAAUCUCGACCCGGACAGCGUGUCCUUCUGCGUCCUGGCCACGGACGAGGAGUUCGAGUGCGACAUCGCCCUGCAGAUCCACUUCACCCUCAUCCAGUCCUUCUGCUUCGACAACGACAUCAGCAUCGUGAGAGUGAGCGACAUGCAGCGUCUGGCCGAGCUGGUGGGAGGCAAGACGCAGCAGCUGGAAGACGCGCACUGCGUCCUCAUCACGAGCCCGGCGGACGGGUCUUGGGAGGACCCCUCUCUGGAGAAGCUGCACCUGUUCUGCGAGGAGAGCCGGCGUCUGAACGACUGGGUUCCUGAGAUCAGCCUCCCGGAGCGCUGAGCCGCCGCGGCGCCCCCACCUGGCUGCGAAGCCGCACGGCUUCUCGUCUGGAAAUACUCACCCUGAACGACAGGGUGACCCUGUUUCUGCCCGGCCCCGGCCCCGGAGGGGCCCGCCGGCCGCCCGUCGCCUCUCGUCCCGUCCAUGCCAAGAUGACUCUCAUUCUUUCUGUGAACGAGGUCGGGCAUGCCGCGAGAGCGACGCAUCGACCCUCAUUCUUUGUGCGGAUGAGGUUUGGAGAGGAAGAAGCGAGUUCUGCGUCCUGUGGUCCGGCCACAGAGCAAAUGUCGCACCUGGAAGCACGCGCAGCAGGAGAAGAAGCGGUGCUGAGGAAGAGGACGUCUUGAAAAGGGACUUUUUAACGACGGCCUCUUCGCUGAGCAACACCACAACAGUUGCAGUCAGCCAAAUGUUUCCCACUUUCCAGAAUUGUCUUAAUUCUCUAAAGGUUUCACUUUAGAAGUUUACAAUGACAAAACUAUUAUUAUUAUUCUUAAACAUGAAAAAAAAUUGAAGAAAAAUACCUUUUAUCUAAAGGUUUCACUUUAGAAAAUGGUAAAAAAAUUAACUUAAUGAGAAUUUGUUAGAAUAUCUUAUGAACAUUUUAGGAUGUACUGAAGAGAAGGAAGCUGGAAAUGAAAGAAAUAUUGU